AUGGAGGAAGGUGGGAGCUGCCGGGCGGCCGUCCUCCCGGACGAGCUCAUCGUCGACAUCCUCGCGCGGCUGCCGGCCAAGUCGCUUUGCCGCUGCAAGUGCGUGUCGUGGGCCUGGCGGACCCUCAUCUCCGAUCCGGACCACCGCGGCAGGUUCGCGCAGACGCUGUCGGGGCUCUUCUUCUCCCGUCACCGCGGCAGCCACCCGCCCUGGCCCCGUGGAUUCGUCGGCCUGCCCACGUCUCCGCCUGGGGUCGAUACGGCUCUCUCCUUCCUGCCCCCCACCUGCUGGGACAUGGAUCUGCUGGACUCUUGCAAUGGGUCGCUCCUCUUGCGGUGCCAGGACACAAGGGAACGGCCUUCACCACCGCCCUUCUACGUCGUGUGCAAUCUGGCCACCGGGGAGUGGGUUGCAGUGCCCCAACCGAGGCACACCCAGGGGCUGUACGGUCCACCGGAUACCGCGUCCUCCCCUUCCGGUCGCUGCUCCCCCAUCCCGGGCGGCGCGCGCGAGGUCCGGCUCCUCCCCUUCUGGCCGCGCGAGCUCCUAGGUCCGGCGAGGUGCCACCAUGUUCGUCGCCGGCGGGGGAAGCUGGCUCGCCGGUACCGGCAGCGCCGCGCACGAAGAGACGCGGCGCAGCUCGUCUGUGGCCGGGGAUGCGCGUCCUCCACCGGCGAGGAAGCAGAGGAGGCACGGGGCCGCCAUGUUCGUCGCCGGCGCCGAGGAGGCCGUGCUCCUGCGCGUGCUCCAGGUGCCGCCAUGUUCGUCGCCGGCGUCGGGCGCGGCCGUGGACCUACAGGCCGUGGCCCCGGCUGCCUCGCCCCCAACUUCCCCUAUGUCCUGUUAGCUGCCGCCAUGGACCCCAUCGUCGGCCAUGGCGGAGCUCGAGCCAGUAAGGAUAGAGAAAGAAGAAAUAGACGGGGACAAAAAUGUAAUUUUCUGUGA